AAAAAAAUUUUUAUGAAAACGUAAGAAUAGAGCAUAUAUGUGUACACAUGCGCAGACUUCCAUAUGGCAUUUGGUCAUACAACUCUAGUUCGCUUAUGAGUUCUCAGCUGAUAUCGAUAGAGGUUAUGGACGUUACUCCUGUGUAAUCUAUUUUGCUAAUUUUGACAGUAUUUUUUUUCAAGAAAGAAUUUGCUAUAUAACCAUAAAGAUAUUAAAAAUCGGUUAAAGGCAUACUGCUUUAUCUUCAAGCAAAGGUUAACUCCAAAAAGAAGUGGAUAAAAUUAAUUAUACUAUCGGUUAUAAGUAAUUGUAAUCAACUUUUAAUUGUGUAUACUAAGAUUUAAAAAUAUUUAAUAUAUACAUGUGCAAAACGUAAAAUAUACAUAUAAUUGUUGUUUAAUGAUUAAAUUGCUAAAUUAUUUUAGCAUGUCAAUUGUGUGAUAAUUGCUUCAGGCAGCAAAAAAACAUUAAUUGUAUUACAUAUUAAUAUGUUGUAAACAAAGAUUUGUGAGGUAACAAUGACUGAAUCAACACAGUUAUUUGGUGGGCCUCCACCUAUUUGGCCCGAUAUCAGAUCAGAACUACGGGAAUAUAUUGAAUGUCCUGAACGAUUACCUAUACAUCAGCUGGACAAUACUCAAUGUUAUUGGCCACGCAAAGCUGAUGUUCUUUCAUUGCUGGAAUUUGAUUUGGCUCCAAUUAGCACUACACUGAAAUUUGAUCGUGAUCCAAUAACAGGCAAGAUUGGCGAGAUACAAGAGAUCAACUUGCAAGGCACAGGGGAAACAGCAAGAAAUUCUAUGUCUAUGACCCGCGCACCUGGAUCACUUACAGAUGGAGUUCGAGGUAAUCCUAGUAAUAUUCCAUUUUGGCCUGGUGGUUUUGAAGAACCUAAAAUACCUAAAAAUGAAAUUGUGGGUGAUAUUGAUUUCGAGAAGGACUUAAGGACAUUAGCCAAGGGAUUUAGCUCAGGAUUAGAAUUUAAAAGUGAUAAUUGCACGCCAGUCAAUUGUAUAACAGACGAAACGGAAGCUUCAGUACCUGAAGAAACUGAAAACUCGAUAAUCAAUGAUAAUGUAAAUUUAAUGGCUGUCAUACAUGAAGAGGGAAAUUUGCUUGGUUCUUGGUCUUCAGUCGAGGAAACGAAAAAGGAAAGCGUGCAAGUUUUGGACAACGACAUUCCUUUCAUAGACAAUUCCAUUUUAUCUGAAGAUACGAGUAUACCAAUCUUGAAAAUAUCUGAGAAAAAAACAGAACUUGUAAAAACAGAAUGGGCGGAGCAGCUGGACAUAUCUGCGCCAGUGACAGACUUUGAAAAAAAAAUACCUGAUCCAGCGAUCACAUUCAGUUAUGAACUGGACACUUUUCAGAAGCAGGCUAUUCUCAAAUUGGAGAAAAACAGCAAUGUCUUUGUUGCUGCGCACACAUCAGCGGGGAAGACUACCGUUGCCGAAUACGCUAUUGCAUUGAGUCAAAAGCAUAUGACGAGAGUGAUUUAUACAUCUCCCAUAAAAGCACUGUCAAAUCAAAAAUAUCGCGAAUUUAAGAGAAAGUUUGAAAGCGUUGGGUUAUUAACAGGUGAUUUGCAAAUAAAUCAAACUGCUUCAUGUCUAAUCAUGACAACGGAAAUCUUACAAUCGAUGUUGUAUUGCGCAUCCGAUGUCUUACGAGAUCUAGAAUUUGUCAUAUUUGAUGAAGUGCAUUAUAUAAAUAACGAAGAUAGAGGACACGUAUGGGAGGAAAUAGUCAUUCUUUUACCCCAGACUAUUAAUAUAGUAAUGUUAUCUGCGACCGUACCGAAUCCAAUAAUAUUUGCGGACUGGGUUGGUCGCAUCAAAAAGCGAAAGAUGUACGUAAUCAGCACCUUGAAAAGACCAAUACCUCUUUUACAUUAUUUGUACACUGGCACUGACGGUAAGACUAAGGAUGACAAAUUCUUAGUCCUUGAUAGCAACAGCCAGUUUUUAUUGGAUGGGUGGUACAAAGCGACAAAUGCGUCCGAUAAAAAGAAAGAUAAAUCCUUAAAGAACUCUAAGAGAAAAAUUCAGAUGACGCCGAAACAAGAAGAUGUAUUAUGGAGAGCGUUUAUAAGCCAUCUUCAGAACAAUGAUAUGUUACCUGUUGUCGUAUUUACUCUAUCGAGGAAACGCUGUGAUAUGAAUGCCGCAACGUUGAGAAAUCUUGAUUUAACGACCGCGAGGGAGAAGCAUCAUGUACAUGUAUUUUUCCAAUCUAAUAUAAAACAUCUGAAAGGCAGCGAUAGAGAAUUACCGCAAGUGCUAAUGAUGCAAGAGCUCUUGCAAAAAGGCGUAGGUAUACAUCACAGUGGGAUACUGCCAAUUUUGAGAGAGAUCGUAGAAAUGUUAUUUCAAAGUGGAGUCGUGAAGUUACUAUUCGCGACGGAAACUUUCGCCAUGGGAGUUAACAUGCCAGCGCGCACGGUGGUGUUUGAUUCUAUACGAAAAUAUGACGGAAACAGUUUUCGUACCCUGUACCCGACUGAAUACAUACAGAUGGCUGGUCGUGCCGGACGGCGGGGUCACGACACCACGGGAACUGUCAUAGUGAUGUGCAGAAACGAUGUGCCACACUUUAAUGACUUGAAACCCAUGAUGUGCGGCGAGCCGCAGACGUUGGAGUCGAAAUUCAAAGUCACGUAUUCCAUGCUUCUAAAUUUAAGAAGGGUAAACGAAUCCGUUACCGUUGAGGCGAUGAUGCGCAAAUCUUUCAAAGAAUCGCCGUUGGCCUCGCAGGAAGCGACGUAUAAUGGUGAGUUACAGAAAGUCGAGCGCGAAUUGUCAAAUCUGCCGCCUCUGACCGAAAUGCAAAAGAAGCUUUCCACGUUUUAUCACGAGGCGGUGGAUUAUUUGGAAGAUGUUAAAUUCCUAAAUCCCUAUUUACUGAACUCGAAGAAGGCAGUGAAAGGUUUAAUCGAGGGCAGAGUUCUGUUAAUAUCGUACGCGAAUCAUUACAAAAAACUAGCCUUAUUAUUGCAAGUUAUAUACCACAAGAGUUCCACUCAGUACAAAGUCCUGAUACUCAAAGAUGCGAAUGUGUCCACUUCUGAAUCCGCCGAAUUCAAAAGUCCUCAGAUAUUCGAGAAAUGGUGCGAGAUUAUCGGCUUAACGAAAACAGAAAUAUUCGUCCCGAGCAUGAAUCCGUCGCACGAAGUUGUAACUCUGUCUCCGUGGCAUAUACUAAAGAUAACUAAUUGUCAGAUAAAAGUUGACUGUUCUUUGGUAUUGAACGAUUGGGAAAAGAGACAAAUCUCACGAUUCAAAAACGACCCACCGGGACAAACGUGUCAGAUGGCAAUUCAAGAAUUGACCUCUCUAUCAUUUAAUGCUUCUUCCGACGCUCUCAUUCUACAACCAUACAUCGAGCCCUCGUCGAAAAAUGAUUUUCAAUUGAGGAUACAACAUAGAGAUAAAUUAAAAGCUAAUCUGCACAAUAUGAAAUGCACAAAAAUACCAAAUUUUGAAGAACAAUUUAGACCUGUAUUCGAGCGAAAUCAACUUGAGGAUAAAAAGCGACAGCUCCAACUUAAACUCAGCGACGAGGGAAUGGCGUUGUACCCUGAAUACCUGAAUAUGGUAGCGCUCCUCAAACAUUUCAAAUACAUUGAUAAUGAUGAAAGAGUCGCCUUAAAAGGAAGAGUCGCGUUACAAAUGGGUAGUAAUGAACUACUGAUAACAGAAUUGAUUCUCAAAAAUGUCCUAACCGUUUUGCAACCGGCGGAAAUAGCAGCGUUACUAUCGGCACUGAUCUUCCAGCAACGCACGGAAUACGAGCCUAAACUCACACCAACCCUUACUAAUGCUUGCAAAAUAAUGACCGAAGUGCACGCAGAAUUGGAAUAUCUCGAGCAAUACUAUCAACUAUCGACAUUGCAACCGUUGAAUUUCGGCUUGGUAGAAAUUGUCUAUGAAUGGGCGCAGGCAAAGUCGUUUGCAGAAAUCAUGAAGAUGACUGAUGUCCAGGAGGGAAUUAUAGUUCGUUGCAUACAGCAACUCGGCGAAACGUUGCGAGACGUCAAAAAUGCGGCUGUGACCAUAGGUGAUCCGGUUUUAAAGGAGAAGAUGGAAGAAGCCUCGACUGCGAUCAAGAGGGACAUAGUUUUCGCCGCAUCUUUGUACACUCAAGACUGACUGCGAAUGAGUAAUUUAACUCUCGAUACUAUCGAAAAAAUCGAUGUAUUUUUUUAUAAAAAGAAAACAACCAGGUAUCGCCGUAAAUACAUUCUGUUUGUAAAAAAAUAUUCUACCAUCCCCAAGGAUGUACAUUUGCAAUUUUUUUUCGAUUGUUAUCGCAAUAAAAUCGUAAAUCAGGUAAA